CAGAGAGCUGCUGACUAAGCUGAGCGUGCUGCUAGUGGUCAACGCACUGUUCCUGGGGCUGUACUUUGGGCUGUUCGACUAUCAGUUAGUGUCUGUUGUCAUUGAUAAUGAAAGGUGGCAGCUUUGUCCGCAGAGUUGGGGCCUGCUGGUGAUAAUCUUGUUCCAGGGCAUAGUUAUGGUUUUGGGUGCUGUGCUAGCGUACCAAGUGCGUAAGGUGCCCUCGGAUUUCAAGGAGAGUGCGUUCAUUGGCCUGAGCAUCUACAACUGGCUGUUUGUUUCGGUCAUAGCCCUAUCCACGCUACUUCUGACACCUUCGGACGGCAACACCGACAUGACGAUUUUGUGCGUGUACAUGGUGCUGAUUUUCAUGGUGACACUGUGGUUUCUCGUGGGUUAUAAGCUGUGGCUGUUGUACAAAGAACGCAACAAGCCCCCGUCACGAGAUAGCACUUCACGUGGCGAAAGCGUCCAGCCGCAUCAAGAGUCUUCGUUCACUCCUGACCAAGAUAUCACGGUACAAUCGCAACCGGGGAAAGGCGCAGGAGUGUUGAGAACCCCACACAUUGCACCUGACAACGAAAACGGGUCAUCGCAGAAUUUUUCGGGCAUGAUGUUCACCUCAUCCGGGGGUGCGUUGCUAGCUAUGCCUAAGAAUAAUCCCAACAGGUCCUCGUCACCUAGCAACGGUAACCCUAGCAACGGUAACCCUAGCAACGGUAUCCGUAGUGCGCGAGGCAGCGAUACAGCCGGUAGGGGUGACAGUGGGCGGGCCAGUGCCGGCGGCAACGGCAACACAGCGCAAAUGGGAAGCCCACGACCACCUCCACCACACAGCAAUGUACGAUUAACACACCAGGACCGGUCCAGACCCAAAGAACCCAAUGAGAUGGACAG